AUGACGGAGUCCCUGGGGGCCGUGGGACACCCCCACCUUGCCAGAGCCAGGCCAGCAGCCAGUCCACCAGCGGGUCAGACGGCUGAGCUGAGGGACCUGCAGCUGGUGGCUGACCGGAGCGCGCGGCCGCAGGUGGUGCAGAAGCUGACGCGCAUGGUGGGCCGCAGCGUGAAGCUGUACGACAUGGUGCUGCAGUUCCUGCGCACGCUCUUCCUGCGCACGCGCAACGUGCACUACUGCACCCUGCGGGCCGAGCUGCUCAUGUCCCUGCACGACCUGGACGUGGGGGACAUCUGCUCCGUGGACCCCUGCCACAAGUUCACCUGGUGCCUGGACGCCUGCAUCCGGGAGCGGUUUGUGGACAGCAAGAGGGCCCGGGAGCUGCAGGGCUUCCUGGACGGGGUGAAAAAGGGGCAGGAGCAAGUCUUGGGGGACCUGUCCAUGAUCCUGUGCGACCCCUUUGCCAUCAACACCCUGGCGCUCAGCACGGUGCGGCACCUGCAGGAGCUGGUGGGCCAGGAGACGCUGCCCAGGGACAGCCCGGACCUGCUGCUGCUGCUCAGGCUGCUGGCGCUGGGCCAGGGGGCGUGGGACAUGAUCGACAGCCAGGUCUUCAAGGAGCCCAAGAUGGAGGUGGAGCUCAUCACCAGGUUCCUGCCCAUGCUCAUGUCCUUUGUGGUGGACGACCACACCUUCAACGUGGACCAGAAGCUUCCCGCUGAGGAGAAGGCCCCUGUCCUGUACCCCAGCGCGCUGCCUGAGAGCUUCACUAAGUUCCUGCAGGGCCAGCGCCUGGCCUGCGAGGUGGGCCUGUACUAUGUGCUGCACAUCACCAAGCAGAGGAACAAGAACGCGCUGCUGCGCCUGCUGCCCGGGCUCGUGGAGACUUUCGGAGACCUGGCCUUCGGCGACAUCUUCCUGCACCUGCUCACGGGGAACCUGGCGCUGCUGGCCGACGAGUUUGCCCUGGAGGAUUUCUGCAGCAGCCUCUUCGACAGCUUCCUGCUCACCGCCUGCCCCAGGAAGGAGAGCGUGCAGCGCCACGCACUGCGGCUCCUCGUGCACCUGCACCACCGGGUGGCCCCCGCCAAGCUGGAGGCCCUGCAGAAGGCGCUGGAGCCCACGGGCCAGAGCGGAGAGGCCGUGAGGGAGCUGUACUCGCAGCUCGGGGAGAAGCUGGAGCAGCUGGAGCCCCGGCACGCCAGCCCCGCCCCCGCCGAGCUGCGCGCCAGCCUGCGCGCGCUCCUGGUGCGCGAGCACCCGCUGUGGCAGGCCGCGGCCAUCGUGCCCUUUUUGCUUCUGGACAAGUGGGCCGUGGUCAGCUGCUUCCGGGACGAGAUGGCUGGGGAGGGCUUCUUCCCCGAGCAGGCCCAGGCCGAGCGCCUGGCGGCGCAGCUCAGCUACUACAGCGUCUCGGGCCGGGAGUUCGCGGUCACUGGCUGCAAGCAGGUGGUGGCCAAGGUGAACCUCCUGUAG